GCAUUUCCCAAGAUAAUUCCCUCCUAUUCCCCCUUGCUAGGCCUUUGACUAUUUACGAGCAGAGAUAAAUCUUCACGUUGACAGACGAGAGCUUUUGGCGGCAAACCAUGAUCGUAUUAUAGAAUCCUAGGUCAGACCGUCUGCCCACGAAGCAUGCAUGCCAGAGAGUCUGGUAUAAAAAGGGCUGACACGUCUUCCCCUGAUAGCAAAGCUAGUUCGCUGUCUACAUAAUAGUGAGGUGCUGUAAGAAUACUGUUAUAGCUCCCUUGCGUGGUGUAAUCUCGCCUGUCUCCCAUCCAACCGUCACGGACGGUCUCUUAAAACAUACAUGGUCCCCGAUACAGUUUUCCCUACGGGAUCCAACUCUGAUGGUGCGAUACACCAAGUCUACAUCUAACCCCCAGUCUCCCAUACACACAUUCAUCAUGUAUUCGUCACCGGUUCAAGAAUUUCCGUACAAAUCAACGCACACACACCAUCACCAUCAUCCAUACGCCACGGCUAUCCACAGAAGUAGUGGAAUAAACUUUUCCCAACAAAUUCUCGUAAAGUUGACAUGAAAAUGCCCGAAGAAGCAGAGCAAGAGGAGCAACCAGAAAUGGAGGCUUGCAUGAGCUACCUGAACCGGCGAAAGCCGCGGAAAUUUUUGAUGGAUUUUAGUUAUAUGGACAUGGUUUGGUCUGAGGAUACAAAGCUAAUCAUACGCGCUGGUGAUUAUCCUCCAGUUGUAAUAGACUCACCAAGUCGCCUGGUAUCCAUGGGCCAAUUCGAAAAAGGUGGAUUUAGAUCAUGUGACACAUGUGAACUCAAGGCUGACCGAGGAUACCUACUAUGGACCAACCCCAGGGGCUCGAUUGAAGUCAGAUUUAAAUACGGAACACAAGGAGAUGACUUCAACUGUUAUAUCGACCCGCAGCACCAAGGCGUGAGGAUCUACGAAAACCGAGGCUACAAGAAGACUCAAAUCAUCGAUGGAAAGAAACCCAUAUCGGCAAGCGUGGACCCCCACCAUAUCAAGUCCCCGGUCCGCCCGGGAGAAAAUAACUUCGAAUUCCGUUCCAUGAGCGGCGAGGUCCGACUGGAAUUUGAAGUCAUACGCGAUGCAGACUUUCCGAAACCGAAGGCUUUUAAGUUCAAUUACGUUCUCGCGCUGUGAAUUUGACGUUGAUGCCUUAUGACGCUGAUGACAAAGGCGACAUGUUUUAAUGGCCAGGAAUUCGGGCCUUAAGACGCGACGAGGGUGCCGCAUAAACCCCUCUGCUUGACAACUGCUUUGGAAUAUUCGGUGCUGUUCGUGAAUAGAGAUAAUUAUAGACAGAAGGUGGUGUGAAGUAAUUUUUGUCGUUUUUUCUGAUUUGUUUUAGGUCGUCUAGGUAUUGGCGUGGCGUCUGAUUAUCCAAUUGAAAUUGAUCUAAAACCAAAACGGACUAGCGUCAGUGUAACGUCAGUCAUUCAGUGUGAUCCUGGUGCCGAGCGUCAAACUUAUACCACAGCUCAACGUUGACAUUCCAAAUUCACCGUAUAGUUUAAAUUUGAGAAAAUCCGUCAAUAAAUCCAGAAACAGCGACAAUCUCGGAGCUAAGAAGCAAAUUAUAUUACAUACAAAAUGGAAAAGGUAUCUAAAGUAGUAAAGUAGGCCUAAAUGCCCAUAAAUAUGUUGUUCGUUGUACCAAUUAGGAAUUGUGAUACAUCCUUGUAUCCAAGCAUUUCUGACUUUAACAUUGGAUUAUUAGUGGCAAUUGGUAGUCACUGUACAAGCUUAUUAAUCACCAUUGAUCAAAAAAUGUUUUAUUAUAGCCUUUUAGGAAAAAUGUGAGACCUAUAUUCUAUGAAAAUCGAUGAUAAUGUUUAUCUUAGUGUAGACAGACGACCAAGUGUGAAGGUCGACUGAAUUAGUAGACUCCAGACUACGGGCACUCAGAUGUAAUCUUUUAUUCCAGCAUGAGAGAUAUUAAUUCACAUCUCAAUGAAUAAAGGGAGAUUGGGUAGCCAAUUCUUAAUCAAUUGCCCCAGAGUUGACUCCACUUCAUUCAAUGUUAAGAAUUCGUUUUAAAAUGUCCCACAUUCCCGCAUGUAAACCGAACGACCUAUUCUAAGGAAUGCUCAUAAAUUAUGCAUACUGUAAUACUGUUAGCAACUUUGGGUGACUUUUUGCGAUUGUUGUUGCUGCUUCUGUUGUUCUUUAUUAUACUAUGUAAAUAUACUAUUGUCUGUGAAAAUAUGACGUUAUUUGCUGUAUAUAAAGCAUUAGAUUGCGACUUGUAUCUUCAUUACCAAAAUAUCAGAACGGUACUGUGUGACGCAAAGUCAAUCAAAAUUUCAUCAAGAAAAGGAGAAGAAUCAUUUCUAAGUUAUUUGGGUGAUUUCUUGUUUUUUUUGUUUUGUUAACGCAAUGAACGCCAUGAAAGAACGAGAAAGUAACUUUAAUCACACUAAUCAUCAAUGCGCUUUUAACCUUCCAGUUAGCUUAAACAUACGUUAUGGUCCAUUUUUACCCGAUACCAAAUUCACACCAAAAAAAUUGCACGAAUAUGUAAGUUGGUCAACGAAAGAUAAUUAUUCAAAGUGACUUUGUUGAUAUUCCCCUUGAUGUUAUGAACGAAUGGAAUAAAGAAAAAAAUUACAAUCCAUGCAUGGUAAAGCCUUUUUUUAAUCACCAUUGCCCACAGUGGUCACCUCCUGCAUAAAAGUAUAACAGAUAGGUGUUUUCGAUGUUUUACUACUAUAUUUGUCUUUGGGAAAGAAUCACUUCUUUUAUAUUUGAGAAUGGGGCCUCACGGGGCCUCACCUCCCCUAUAAUCAACUUCCCGAGUGCCUUAGGAAAGUUGAUGAAAUGACUCGUCAUCCGGUACAGGAGCGAAAAAAGAAAAUGUUGUCCCCAUCGUUAUUUGUCUCCAUCAAAACCAAUGUGACGUCGAGGAUCAUUGUACUCUUAUUUAUGAGAUUUGAUGAAAAAUCUGUUCUCUUGGUGCAUCUAGCUGGUCUUAGACCAAACCUAUCAUCACUGUUCUGUAAUUAUUUUAUAGAACAACGUAAUUCACUUUGAUUUUUACCAUAAUUGUGCAAUACAUUUAACGUAUUGGUAGUGUCAAACAAAAACAAAACACGUUAGAAAACAUAACUGCUAUAAAAUGAUAAAACCAUUGUUACUUUUGCUUAUCAGAUGAAUAUGAGUUAUAAUUUUGUAUUGGUGCGAGAGAGCAUUGCAGUGGGUAUACUAAUAUGUUUCCUGCCGAUUUGAAUGAUCGUAAAUGAACGUUAUUUUUCAAUGUCAAUCACAUUAAUUAUUUCAAUUCGAUAUCUCGAUAUAAAAUUUAAUUGUAAAGAAGAGUUUGUUAUCAGUGGGAUAGAGAAAGUAGAUGUCGGAGAGAUGUAAUUCAUUGUUCUGCUCUAGCUAGUGAAAAGUUAUAAUGACGAAAUUUGACGGCUCUAUUGAUAGACUACAUGUAGUUACAAUUAAUAAAACUUAGAUAAAUGUGAGUUGGAUAACAAAAGUAGAUUUCGGUUCCCCAUUAUCGUUUAUCACUUUUGAAUUAAAACUUUUUGAAAAA